CUGGACAAGAUGCGGGAUAGAAUCCAUGGUGAAUCCAUACAGGUACCUAGGUAGUUCAGUCAACGACUGCUGCUGAAUGACGGGUUACCUCUAGAUACGUACCUUAGGUACCUAGGUAUCUUGGUACUUCCCAUCCAUCCAUUGGUUCCAUGGUUACUGGUUAUUGUGAAUUUCAGGACCACUUGUGCACGCCCGCAAUCUUUUUCGUUUAGAGUUCAGCUGAUCUGCGACACGUCUGUCUCCUCAUUCUUGUUCGUUUGCACCACAAUCUCUCUAUACCCGGUUCCUAUUCAAUCAUACAAACCUUAAAUCUCAAAUCGUAAAUCCCCGAAUCAAAGUCAAAGUCAAGCCUUUUGGCAUGCCAGCCAGGAGCGUCGGUCCAGGCGCUCGGGAUGCGAGCCGCCAUGCCUCCCGUCAGGGACGGCCGCCCGAUGUGACCCAGUCAGCGUCACCGCCGACAGGACCACUUAUCUGGUUGGAUGACUCGCACCAACUUGAAAGGUGGACUCAUCAGACCGAAUUACUCGCGAAGAGGCUCGGCUGCUCCGAUGAGCUGCUCGGCGGUGCCUCAAUGCCCACCGACCUCAUUCCAAGAACCUUCACCGAGUACAUGUUGAAGCACCGCAUCGACACGGCGAUGGCCAUUAUCACGACAACCAUCCGAUCCGCAGUUUACGCCUACGCCCGCGUUCUGGGCUACAGUGAAAUCUGCGGCCGGAGCCCGACCAGCCUCUACUUCUUCGUUAGGAAGGCCGCCGCACGCCGCCAUAUCGCCGCCGAAGGCAACCUGGCCGACGAGGAGGCCGCCAGGGUCCUGAGCGAGUGGCAGAUUGCGAAGCCCGAGUUCUACCCCACCACGGUGCGCUUCGAGGGCGCCAUGCUGUGGCUGGAGUCCAUCAUCCGGAAGUGCCACGAGCGCGGCAACAAGAACAUGGCCCAUGCCGUCUCCAUCAUGGAUAGGCUCGCCGAGCGGAAGACCCAAGAACGCCGGAAGAGGGCUGCCCCGGCUGACGAAGACAACAACCACGGCGCGCCCCCCACGCCCGCCACCAGCGCCACCCACACCUCCGCCGCCCCCAGCAUCGACGGUGCUUCAAUGAGCCCUGUUGAGAAUAGCCCGGUCGAAGGCAGCUCGGUCGAGGGCAGCUCGGACCGUCCCUCGGCGAAGAGGCAGAUGACGGACGAGUUGGUGAGGAUCCGCGCGGGGCUCAAAUCUGAGCCCGAAAGCCCACCGGCCCCGUGAGGGCCCGGUGGGUAGAAGAUGUCCCUUUGGCGCCCUCUGUGCGCAUCCUCAGACUUGAGGAAGGACGUCUUCUUAUAUUGAGUAUAAAUACUGUGUUACCCGAGUAUCCGAGUGUUGAGCAACUCCACCCAGUUUAUUCGACGUCUCUAUCAUGGGA